UAGUCUUCGAGCCUCAUUUAUUCCACAGUUAAAUCGGAUCCACCUGUCAGCGAAAUACACACAUAUUCGCUCACUUCAUGUCUACACCGUCUGUGUACUGCUUUGUGUCAGCUGGAAGUGUUCACUGCAUUCCGGUCAAUGCUUUCAACGGCUUUUCCAAACACCUUGAUGGUUCACCUCAGCCCACAAUUCAAAUCGACCACCACAACUCAGUGGUAAACACCAAACAGUUAACGCCGGUGGAAGAGAAUGAUAUUCAUUUGAAGAUCAAGCACAAAAACUUGUUGUACAACUUGAAUAACCCCUCCCUUUCAGAUAUCGAAUCUGAUUCAAACGAUACCAAUGAUGAGUCGGAAUACAUAUCUGGUGUGAUAGAUAACUACUUGGCCCAUGCCUUAUAUUUUCCCGACUACUCUAUCGAAUUGACAGACAACAUAAGCGACAAUUACGCACAAAUCCGAGAGUUUCUUUGCAAGAUAUUCUCUAAGACCUGGGUCCACAGUGAGAAAAUCACUGUCCAAAGGCUCACGGGUGGUAUCACCAAUAUGUUACUACAAUGCACUUAUACCCCCAACAAUGAGAUUGUGUUGAUGAGAGCAUAUGGCCCUGGAACCAACUUUAUUAUCGAUAGACACAGAGAAUUCAUCCUGCAAUUGGUAUUGCAUUCAAUCCAUUUGGCACCCACAGUCCAUGCUCGGUUCAAAAAUGGACUCAUUUAUGGGUUUCUUGAAGGUCGUUCUUUAGAACCACUGGAAUUGAAACACGAAAACUUAUACCCUUUGAUUGCCCAACAGUUGGGAAAUUGGCAUUCCAAGGUGGAAAUUUCAAAAGUUCACCAAGGGGUUGAAAAACUCCGGGAAUAUACAAGGUCUUCCAAGCGAAGGCUGUUUGAUCAGCCUCGGCCAAAAGACUUGCAUUUAAGAAAAGAAAAGGAACGGAGGAUCAAGAAAAGAUACAUAUCCAACGUUUGGGAACUCAUAGAGGACUGGAUUAAUAUUGUUCCCAUUAUACCUCCAUUAAUUGAAUCUUUCCGUGAAAAUUCAUCCUCAGAAGUGACUGAAGACAACUUAAGAGAAACCAUCAUGACCGAGUUCAAAUGGCUCAAGAGCACUUUGGAACUGAGGUCCAAUUCUCCGGUGGUUUCUGCACACUGUGAUCUAUUAUCUGGAAACAUUAUUAUACCCAACGAAGAGUUGAUUUCAACACCACUCACCGAAUUACCUCCUUUGAGCGAAAACCCAAUACAAUUUAUUGACUAUGAGUACAUGCUUCCGGCCCCCAGAGCUUUUGACAUUGCCAAUCACUUGGCUGAAUGGCAAGGAUUCAAUUGUGAUCGUUCUGCCAUUCCAGAGCCUUCGAGGAGUAAUAAGACCUUAGUAAGGUGGGUUAAAGCUUACCUUAAUGAUGAUGAUGCUCUGCCAGAACUCGUCCAAGGUUUGAUCGACGAAAUCUACUGUUAUUAUGGCUUCCCUGGAUUUUACUGGGGAAUUUGGGCUGCUAUUCAGAGUGAAUUGUCCAACAUUGAUUUCAGUUAUGCUGAUUAUUCCAAAUUAAGAUUACAGGAGUACUGGGAUUGGAAACAAAGCUUUUUAGUUAAUUAGUCGUCAUUUAUUACUAUUUAAUACAUCACUUAAUUAUCUGUUAAGAUC